ACGCCACUUUAGUAAUCACCAAAAAGCACAAGAAAGUGACUUUAAUCGGACUGAAUAGACCUGAAAAGAAGAAUGCUGUAAAUAUUCAGCUACUUAACGAACUAGAAACGGCACUAACGAAGUUUGAAAAUGAUGCCUCAUCAUAUGUUGGUGUUUUAUAUGGAGAAGGAGGCAACUUCUGCUCAGGUUAUGAUCUCGAGCAAUUAGCGUCUGAAGAACAAUCCAAAAUCCUUCUAUCCAGUAGUCUAAUCAAGCGGUAUGUAAAAAAACCCCUGGUUGCUGCACUUAGUGGUUAUGGUGUAGGAUUUGGUUUUGAGUUGGCUCUUUGGUGUGACUUCAGACUCAUGGAAGAUACGGCUUUAAUUGGUUUCUACGGUCGUAGAUUUGGUAUUCCUGUUUCAAAGUGGAGUCUAAGAAGGUUACAGUGUGCGGUGGGUAUAACAAGAAGCAUGGAUUUAUUACUGACAGGUCGUGGUAUCCAGGCCCUGGAGGCUCACAAGUAUGGUCUUCUCGUUGAUACAACUCAAUGUGGAACUGUCCUAGGUCAAGCACUCUCUUUGGCAAACUGCAUCGCCAAAUUCCCACAGGCUAGUUUGCUAGCUGACAGAGCUCAAGUUCAUGAGUUAACGUUUAAUCCUCAUGAGAGUGAACUGGGAUCAAUCCACGAAGAGUAUGUCAAAAAUUCGGAAUUAGCAUACAGAAUCUUGACUAAGGGAAAACAGAUCUACUCAAUAUCAUCGGAGUGGUGCUGGAAAGAAAUGACCAUGAGCUCUACAAAAUUGGGAGCAAAUAUGGGAUUCUAGACAAAGUGUAUGCGAGACUGUAACGAAAGGCGCUAAACUGUACCUAGAAGGAAUGGGUCGACAUGGCAGUUUUGUAACAAAAAAUACAUUUCCAAAUGGUAAGCCCUGAGAAGACUAAUUUCUCUUCUCUCACCACUGCUUUUUUUCUCCUUUCUCUCGUUGAUAUUCUGCAUAUUUUAAGCGCUUUCACGUAUUGUAGGCGCAUUCAAGUAAAAAUGUUCAGGAAUGCACAAAUAAAUGAUUUUCUUUGAUACCUUAUCAGUAAACAAUUAGAGGCGUAAAUCCUGGAGGACUUACUCGAGAUACUCUGUUUUGUUUUACUGACCUUGCUUAAAAGUAAAGAAAAACUAAAUCACAUGAGUGAGUUUAUUCCCCAUCAAACCCAUGGUUCUACAUGAUGAAUUCGUUUGAUUUCUUGGUUUCAUCAAUGUAACUGUCUUUAUUAUUGCAUCUUGAGUCGCAUCGUCUCAACCUGUAUUUUAAUGACAGUUGAAAUGAUAAUCAUUAGAUUAAUUAUGUUACAUCCUUCGUAGGUACCUCUAUUUUUGUAACAAAAAAAGGAUGAAUCAUGCAUGUCCCUGUUGGUUUAUUGUCUGUUGUAUUAUUCUUAUUAGAUGUAUACAUCUCGUAUCAGUGACCAGAUACAUAUUAACUUUUUUGAAACUGAAAGGACGCAUUUUUUUUUGUAAUUGAGCCAAAUUGCUUUCUUGAAAAUGGCAUAAUGAAUAGAUUUGUAAAAAGGACGCUCGUCAUUUUCUCAUCACUAAAUAUUGGGUACAUCUUUACGGAGGUUGUUAAAAAAAAUUUUCCUCCAAUGACCUCGAGGGUGAAAAUGUGUGAAAAACCUCAAAAGUUUAUGUUAAGGUCAGGACUACGCGAUCGUGGCUAAAAAAAUAUCACUCACGAACUAUGGUAGAAAGUAAAGUGACGGUAAGGACUAUUCUGUAAAAUCGGUACCCAUCAUGAGUCUAAAAGCCAGAUUUUCCAAAUCAUUUGUGGAGAAAAGAUUUCUGUGUCCUUAAUCUAUCAAAAUUUAUUGAUGUAUUGAAGAUAGACUGCACAAUCUAUGUAUCAACUUCCAAAACUAAUUUUCGAUAGCAUGCAUCCUUUUAAAAACGAAGCCAAUAGAUGUCCUCUUACAGUUAGUAUUUAAAAAUAAUAGUAUUUUACUUUUGUCGGGAUUUUAGAACCA